UCUGGCUGUAUGGUGACAGAGGAAGGCUGUGGUUAUUUGUCUUCAGCUCUGAGUUCAAACCCCUCACACCUGAGAGAGCUGGAUCUGAGCUACAAUCACCCAGAACAAUCAGGAGUCCAGCUGCUCAAACACAAACUGGACGAUCCAAACUGUAAACUGGAAAUACUCAAUAUGGACCAUGGAGGAUAUUUCAGGAUCACACCCGGACUGCGAAAAUAUGCCUGUGAUCUCACACUGGAUCCAAACACAGCACACACUCAACUCAUUGUCUCUGACAACAACAAAAAAACAACAUGUGUGAAAGAUCAUCAGCUGUAUCCUGAUCAUCCAGACAGAUUUGAGAACUAUGAGCAGGUUCUGUGUGGAGAGAGUCUGACUGGACGCUGUUACUGGGAGGUUAAAUGGAGCGGCUGGUGUCAUGUAGCAGUUGCAUAUAAAGGAAUCAGCAGGAAAGGUGGGAGUGACUGUCGGUUUGGACUCAAUGAAGUAUCCUGGAGUCUGAACUGCUCUGAUGAGAUUUACUCAUUUUGGCACAAUAAUAAUAAGAAAAACAAUCCUCUCCCUUUUUCUUCAUCUAAUAGAGUAGGAGUGUAUGUGGAUGUAUUGGCCGGUACUCUGUCCUUCUACAGGGUCUCUGACACACACACAUUCACACACAUAUACACACACACAACUACAUUCACUAAACCCCUCUAUGCUGGGAUUGUGGUUUAUCCUGAUUCUUCUGUGUCUCUGUGUCAGAUUUAAAAAGCGUAAUUAUAAUUGUGGCUUUAGAGCUUUGAAUUGUGAUUGAUGCACAAUUGCAUUGUUACAAGCUAAUGUAAUUGGGCUACACUUGUAUUUACAUUUUAAUUUAACCCUUUACAAAAUCAAAAUGCAAAUCAAAAUUAAACACCAAAUUAAACAGAUUUGUUGCCACGCAUGUCAUGUGAUGGUUAACCAACAUCACAGAACCAUAAACAUGCAUUUCAUUGGUCAAAAACUAAAAUUUGUUUGCAUUUUAGGAAAGUUUCUAUAUUUAUGGAAAGGCAAUUUUAGCAGUAUUAACAUCAACCAUGAUGAUAACCAUAACACCAGUUUCUGAAUUUUUGGAGCCCUGUUACAUAUUCUAGAUUACAAAUAAUACAUUAUGAUUUUUGUCAGCUCUCCUCUGAAGGUUGUGAAGGGUCUGACACAGGUCACAGGUAUUGUCUGUUACUGUGUUAGAGUCAGUAAAGACUGUAGCAAAUCAAAUGUGAUGGUCUGUAAAAACACUCUGCACUCUUCAUUUAGUGCGAUUUUAUUAAAACUGUAGAUGUAGUUAUUUUUCAGAGGACCCACAGACUCUGCUAGAUUAUCAGAAACUGUUAGGUCACUGUUUUUUUCUUUGUGUUCAAUAUAUUUUACAGAUCAAAUCACAUUUUAAUUAUUGAUAUUAAUGAAAUUAUCUGAGCUAAAACUACAAUAAUAUAAUAAUAUGAAUGAUUCAAAUUCUUUUGUUUUGUGGCUACUUUACCAUUUUAUGUUUAUGUUUUUAUGUUAUUGCGUGUGUGUGUGUGUGU